AUGGAGGGAUUGAAGCCGAUGCCGUUGCCAAUUUAUGUGUCGCAGGACCUGCGGAUGGCCAACCCCAGAUUCAAUGAAUUGCUCGAGCGGCUGAAUGCGAUCAUCGCCCCAAUGGGAGAAAGAAAGGCGCUCAAGGAAUCCUACGAAAAGGCGGAGGCUGCGUUGCGAGUCGAGCGAGAGCGACACCUGCGGGUGGGCGCACUCUACACCGAGGCAAAGGACAUCAUCGCCACACGCAGGCUCCAGUCGCGGGCCAAGGGGAGCUCCUCUCUGCCCGGUGCCACCCCCAAGGUCUAUGACUCGAUGCACAACGUGAUCCUCGCGGCCGAGGUGACGCACAGCCUGGUCCUCGAGCCGCCGACCGCCACCGCUCCCGGGGGAGACAAGCCGACAACGCCGCACAGGGGAGAGGCCAGCGGCAAGCCUUGCGUCACCCUGCUGGGCCUGAAGAAGGAAGACAUCGAGCUGGCCAUCGCCAGCAAGGCUCCGAGCAAGUUUGCCGAGGAGCGACAAGAGCUGUACCAAUAUAUCAUCGCCGAACUGGACGAGCGGCUACGACGAAAGGUGCAGGAGAUCGCAGAGUUCAACGAUCCCCUUGGCUCGCCCCAGACUCUGGCCAAGAGCAACAAGAAGUCGCCACCGAUCGCGGAGGUCAUCGCAAAGAAGAAGGAGCAGCUGCUGGCCGAGCGCAAGCAGCUGGACGUCGACGGGCUCACCGCCGCCCUCUCCUUUGCCGAGUACUGCCAGGUGCUGGACAAGACGUUCCAGGUGGUGAGCGAGAUCCUGCGGGACUUCAAGCUCUCGCAGCAAUUCAACCAGGACCAGGUCUACAGCAAGUGGCUCCAGGCCAACUGCCAACACCUGAUCAACCGACUCAAGUUGCUGCAGAGCCAGGUGCUGAGGGACACCUAUACGCCGUCGAAGGUGGCGGCGCUGACGAAGGUGCGGCAGCACCUGGAGUGCGCCAUCGAGGAGACGAUGGCCCAGCACGAGGAGGCCGCGGAGCAGAUCCAGCGAUACGAGCGCGCUGGCGCCGGCUUCGACGGCCUGGUGCGCGAGUACGCCUCUCUGCUCGAAGAGCUCGCCCAGAAGAAGUGGACCAUCGAGCGCAUCAAAGUAUGA